GAUUGAGUGACGUAGUACGCAAGUCUCAGAUCCUGGCCUGGGGAAGGAAACGCAGCGGGCUCCAGGGUUUGCGGCUCAAAGCGGAAAAUAACUGGAAUACUAAAAUAUUCCCUUGUGUCUGCCCAGAGAAGGAAUAUAGCAUAUUUCUAUUGACGCGGAUCUUAUUGAAUAUCUUUAAGAGAAUCUGGUGUCGUGGGAACCAUUUGAAUGCCCAGCACACAAUUAACACGCAUAUCAUCAUGAACAGGAAUAAGCGUGAGAAAGAGUAUUACAGUAUAGAUGUCGGAGAUUCCACAUUCACCGUUCUGAAGCGCUACCAGAAUUUAAGACCUAUCGGCUCUGGAGCACAAGGCAUCGUCUGCUCGGCAUAUGACCACAUCUUGGAGAGAAAUGUCGCUAUUAAGAAACUCAGUCGACCCUUUCAGAACCAGACCCAUGCCAAACGGGCGUACAGAGAGCUGGUGCUCAUGAAGUGCGUCAACCACAAGAACAUCAUUGGACUCCUAAAUGUAUUCACACCGCAGAAAACACUUGAAGAGUUUCAAGACGUUUACCUGGUCAUGGAGCUAAUGGAUGCUAACCUGUGCCAGGUGAUUCAGAUGGAGCUGGACCACGAGCGACUCUCCUAUCUACUUUACCAGAUGCUCUGUGGCAUCAAACAUCUACAUGCAGCUGGCAUUAUACACAGGGACCUGAAGCCAAGCAACAUUGUGGUGAAGUCAGACUGCACGUUGAAAAUCCUGGAUUUUGGCUUGGCUCGCACAGCUGCCACUGGGCUCCUCAUGACCCCCUACGUGGUGACCCGUUACUACCGUGCACCAGAGGUCAUACUAGGCAUGGGCUACCAGGCCAAUGUUGAUGUCUGGUCUGUUGGCUGCAUCAUGGCCGAAAUGGUCAGAGGCAGUGUGCUGUUUCCAGGCACUGAUCAUAUUGACCAGUGGAAUAAGGUGAUCGAGCAGCUGGGCACGCCAUCUCAGGAGUUCAUGAUGAAGCUGAACCAGUCUGUAAGGACAUACGUGGAGAACAGACCCCGAUACGCAGGGUACAGUUUUGAGAAGCUUUUCCCAGAUGUUCUCUUCCCUGCUGACUCUGACCACAACAAGCUCAAAGCGAGUCAGGCUCGAGACCUUCUGUCCAAAAUGCUGGUUAUAGAUGCAUCUAAGCGGAUCUCUGUGGACGAGGCCCUGCAGCAUCCCUACAUCAACGUGUGGUAUGAUCCGAGUGAAGUUGAGGCGCCUCCACCGUUGAUCACAGACAAGCAGCUGGAUGAGAGGGAACACACUGUGGAGGAGUGGAAAGAGCUAAUAUAUAAAGAGGUGCUGGACUGGGAGGAACGCUCGAAAAAUGGUGUAAUCCGCGGACAACCUGCUUCAGUAGGUGCAGCAGUGACCAGCGGCUCCCAGCAGAACUCCACAUCCUCCUCGUCCUCCAUGUCCUCUGUCCUCGCACUGUCCUCAGAGACAGAAAGCAGCUUGGAGACUUUGUUCUCCUCCUCCUCCACCGGGCCAGUGGGCUGCUGCAGUUGACCAUCACCCUAUCCUUCUCGCCUGUGUGACGUUCCUCCAUUCAUUUUCAGACUGACGCGUUUCUUUUCGGUCAGGGGAAAAAGUCAGAGUAAGGUGGGAGUUUUUAAAAGGCACCUUAAGAAGCUUUUACACCAAACCAGCGUUACUUUGGUCGCUUUUCUUUUUUUGGGGAUGUGGGGGUGGGGGGGACGACUCAAUUUAGUGUCAGACUGAAACUACCGCUGCAUCUCCUCAAUGCCAUUUUGAUCAUUUGUAACGGUUGUAUGAUAAAUUUAUAUUCGGAGAGGCUUUGAAUUUCAAGGUUGCUGUGAGCGAAGUCGAUCGCAGUUUAGCAGAAUGUCACAUUGUGUUAAAGACUCAGCUCUUCAAUACUGUUACUGUUUUAGAGUUAAAUGCAAUGCAUCUUGAAUGAAUUUCCACUAUAUUUGUUUAAUAAGCAAAUAUUACUUUAGAGUCUUUCUCGCAUGACUUAAUGCUGCGAUCAGGUCACAACACAUUUAUUCAGUUCUUUCACUAUUUUACAAAAAAAUAUUUAUAAUAGGCAUUUUAACACUUAUUGUCUACUCAUUUUUUUUUUUUAUUAUUAUUUUUUGGUUGAUUUUGCUACAGUACUUUAUAGACUCAGUACAGCAUUUUGUUUCACAUAUGUUUCUGUAUGUGAUCCAUACUGUACAGGUAUUGAUGUUAAAAUCUAAAAGAAAGUAAAGAAGUAAAGGGUAAAUUUAAAGGUUAUAUUAUUAUUAUUAUUAUUAUUAUUAUUAUUAUUAUUAUUAUUAUUAUUAUUAUUUUGGUCUUUAGUUCUUUGUACAGCUUGGCCCUGGAAUGUUGCAAGGCCCUUUUAAGGUGAACAGUUGUUGUGGACAUGGAAUAUUUGUGAACCCCUAUUUACAAUAUAGGUCAUGUCUCUAAAUGGCACAGUGCAUUCUGGGUAUUCUGGGUAAUGUGUCACCUGGACACUAUCUAUUGCAGUGCAUUAUAGGACUUUGCGAGUGUGCUGGUUAUUUUCCAGUAAGCUUUUGAUUAUGACUCGAAAUACAGGAAAUACAUUGGCGUGAUUGCAGUGGAAUGUAUGAAUAGCAGUAUAGAUAAGAAAGUAAGUUAUGAUUUGAAAUUAUUUAAGAAUAUAGUGAUGUUAGAUUGUACUAAAAAGCUGUCUCGGUCAGAUAUUCUGUUGGUAACGCUUUACAUUGAGCAUCCAUUAUGUGAUGUUAUUCAAUACACAUUACUAUGUACAAACCGUAAACUUCAGCAUUAAUAAUCCUUAAGUAACAUUAAAAAAAACAAACAAAGUAUUAACACUUGUAUUAAUCGAUGCUAUUUAAAAAUAAUAAUAAUAAUAAUAAUAAUAAUAAUAAUAAUAAUAAUAAACCCCAUAUUCAGCACCUCCAUUAACCAAUGUUCAUACUGGUAAAAUAAAGCCUACAGUGAUGUGAGCAACAUGAACAUCAUCUUAAAGAACAUGUGUUUGUUAACUGGGAAAUUCAGGAAAGAAAGUUGUAAUGUUUACACCCAAACACCAGAAUUCAGUAAGUUAUAAACAUGUAAUAACCUGCUGUAAUUGCUAACAUUAUGCUGAAGUUUAUGGUUUGUUAAUGUUGAAUAAAGCUGUAAAUAAUGUUCGUUAAGGGAACCUUAAUGAAAAGUGUUACCUUACUAUUAUUAUAUAAUUUUUGUAAAGGUGAAAUGGUUUUUAUGUUUUUAUAGAAUUCAGCACAACUCGCUAACCUUGAAUAACCAGCUUUUAUUGCUCUUUCAGUAACUACAUCCCAGAUUAAUGUAAUCGGUAGAUCUGUGACUAGACUUGUAUGCCUGCCUGUUGAUGCAAUGCAAACAAAACAAGUCAGUGCUAAAUCCUAAACCUGUAUGCAAUAGCCGUUUCCUUUUGGAGUCAUUUUCAUGUUCCGUAUGAAAGUGCCUGUGUCAAUUGUUUGCAAAUAACUCCUAAAAAGUCAUAUUUCUUGGAAAUUCCAGAGCAGAUCACAGUGCGUAUGAUGUAUGGAGUGUCUACUUUUUUUUUUUUUUGUUGUUGGUCUGAUCGAUUCAAAGACUGUUGGAGUGAUGGUGUGUCAUUCGUACCAUGAUUAACGUGACAGCCUUUGAUUUUAGUAGAAUAGAUUUUAGCAAGAUGUAGAAAAGUAGUUGAAUUGUACAUGUUCGUGAAUGACAGUUAUACAUUCUUUGGAGCUGUAAGUUUGAAGAAAAGCCGAUGUUCAUGUGGUGGUGAUGGUCUUUGACAUGGUGUUCUAGCAUGUAAAACGUCACGUUAUUGAGGGUUUAUGUACGUAUGUAAGCAGAUAAUACAGAAUGGCCCGGCCAACAAAUUUUUAUGACUCUUGAAUCUUCGUACAUCACAGGGUUCUACACAUUUGCAGAUAGCUUUUUGUUCAUUGUUGUGUUUUUUGUUCUAAGUGCUCUUAUAUUUCUUUGGCCUUCUUUCUGAAGGCAGCAUUUGAUGAAUUUUUUUGAUGGGAUUUCAUCUUUUUAUGAAUUUGCUUUUCUUUUACUUCUUCGAAUGUGAUGGCGCAAUUACAAUACUAUCACAUUACAAUGACAUUAUAAUUCUAAUUAAAGUACACAUUGAUCAACUACCUCACUCCAAAUUUCUACAACGUCUUGGAUAUUUAGCUGCCCAUUAGGUGUCCAGGAUGUGUUAAUACAAAUUCCAUUAUUUAUUUAUUUGAAAGUUUGUCAAUAGUAGAAAACGUCUAGUUUUGUACAGUAUGUAUAUUUCACGUAGAAGUAAAAGGACUGUAAUGUAAAUUUUUGUUGUUGUUCUUUUUCGUUAUUUUUUCUUUUAAAAAAAAAAAAAAAAAAAAAAACAGUUCAUGUGCAAUACCCUCUGCUCUGUGUGCGUAGUGUAAGUGUAUCUAGCUACAGUAUGUUAGCUGUAUGUUCCCAAAGGUAGAGAGAUGUUAGGUACUGUCAAUUCAGUUCAGUUUAAUUCAGCUAAAAUAAAAUGCUAAAUUCAUGAAUUUAGAUCUUUAUUUUUUAAUUUAGUUAUCUGUGACUCCGAGUUAAUUUGUGUCACAACAAAAAGAUGAUGAUCUGGAACUAGACAGAGGUGUAUGAUUUACAUGGCCCAUGGAUCAUUCUAGUAAGGCUGAUAGAAAACGAAAAAAAAAAAAAAAAUCCCUAAAAGCCUACUUGCGUAAGCUGGUCUAUAAUAUUUGCUAGCAAUACUGGCAAUGCAAAAUCCUUACCCUGUGUGCUCCUUCCUGCAUACAGACUAUCAGAAGUGCACUACUAGAAUAAAUGCACUGGGAUCUCACCAAGCCAAUGUUUAAACAUUACUGCAAAUAAAUACUUCUGUUGGAA